UUCUUGUGUCGGCUCAUCUUUUCGACUUUUGUUGAACAUUCUCUUCUUCUCUCGCCGUCUCUCUCUCUCUUGUUAUUUCUCGCUCCUCCGCCGUCCAAAGAGAAACGUCGAUCGGAGAAAUCUCGAGAUGUCGAAUGGAUUAGAUAUGUCUCUCGACGACAUGAUCGCCAAGAACCGUAAGUCUCGUGGUGGAGCCGGCCCCGCCCGUGGAACCGGACCGGGUCCAACUCGCCGCAACAACCCUAAUCGGAAAUCAACCCGAUCUGCUCCAUACCAAUCAGCCAAGGCGCCGGAGUCCACCUGGGGUCACGACAUGUUCUCCGAUAGAUCUGAAGAUUUCCCUCCCCGUUCUUCCGCCGGAAUCGAAACUGGAACCAAGCUCUACAUAUCCAAUUUGGAUUACGGUGUCAUGAACGAAGACAUCAAGGAACUCUUUGCUGAAGUUGGAGAACUUAAACGCUACACAGUUCAUUUCGAUAGGAGUGGAAGAUCAAAGGGAACUGCUGAAGUAGUAUACUCUCGGCGUGGCGAUGCACUCGCAGCUGUGAAGAAGUACAAUGAUGUUCAGCUAGAUGGAAAACCCAUGAAGAUAGAGAUUGUGGGCACCAAUCUUCAAACGGCUGCUGCCCCGCCUGGUAGACCUGCAAAUGGAAACUCUAAUGGUGCUCCAUGGAGAGGAGGACAAGGGAGAGGUGGUCAACAACGAGGCGGUGGUCGUGGUGGUGGUCGAGGAGGCGGUGCCCGAGGUGGUGGCGGUCGUGGUAGACGUCCUGGUAAGGGCCCUGCAGAGAAGAUAUCAGCUGAAGAUCUUGAUGCGGAUCUUGAUAAGUACCAUUCUGGAGAUAUGGAGACUAACUAAGGAAUGUGACCGAUAUUCUCAAAACCGCUAGGGGGUUUAAAAGGAAGAGAAUCGAGAAAAUGUUUGCCAGAGGCUUUGCCACUUAUCGCCUUUUUGGCUGUGUUGUUCAUUUGUUUCAUUAGAAUGACUUUAUAGAAUUGAGAAUAUGUGUUAAACUUUAAAGUUGUUGUCUAUCUUAAUACCCUCGAGUAAAAGGCAGAGGAAUGAAUGGCAGUUUCGCCU